UGGCGUGGGCGGGGCGGGCCGGCGGGCGCGGGAGGAAGUCACGUGGGCGCGCGGGCUCACAUGACUGGCCGCGCUAUGGACCCGCUGCCCUCGCCGGCAGUCGCGGCGGCAGCAGAGACAGAGGCAGAGGAGGAGGCGGAUCCCCCGGCCACAGGCCCACUAACGCCUCACAUCACUGAGCCCAGGGACCCAGACCCCAGUCGAAUGCAGAUGCCGCAGAGCAACCCGCUUCUCCUGUCCUACACCCUGCAGGAGCUGCUGGCAAGGGACACAGUGCAGGUGGAGCUCAUCCCUGAGAAGAAGGGCCUCUUCCUUAAGCAUGUGGAGUACGAGGUUUCCAGCCAGCGCUUCAAAUCCUCUGUGUACAGACGGUACAAUGACUUUGUGGUCUUCCAUGAAGUGCUGCUCCACAAGUUCCCGUAUCGCAUGGUGCCAGCCCUUCCACCUAAGAGAGUGCUGGGAGCUGACAGGGAAUUUAUUGAGGGGCGCCGGAGGGCCCUGAAGCGCUUCAUCAACCUGGUGGCCCGGCACCCGCCAUUCUCAGAGGACACUCUGCUCAAGCUCUUCCUGUCCUUCAGUGGCCCAGACCUGCAACAUAAGCUCAAGGAGACGGCCCAGUGCGUGGGAGAUGAGUUCAUGAACUGUAAGCUGGCUGCUAGCGCCAAGGACUUCCUCCCAGCUGACAUCCAGACUCAGUUCGCCAUGAGCCGGGAGCUGAUUCGAAACAUCUACAACAGUUUCUACAAGUUGAGGGACAGGGCCGAGCGGAUUGCAUCCCGGGCCAUCGACAAUGCUGCCGAUCUUCUCAUAUUUGGAAAGGAGCUCAGUGCUUUAGGCUCCGAUACAACCCCCCUGCCUUCCUGGGCUGCUGUGCACCUCAGCAUGUGGGGCUCCCUGAAGCAGGCGCUGAAGGGCUUGUCGGUGGAGUUUGCACUGCUUGCGGACAAGGCUGCACAGCAGGGUAAAAAAGAAGAAAAUGAUGUGGUGGAGAAGCUGAAUCUCUUCUUGGAUUUGCUCCAGUCCUACAAAGACCUGUGUGAGAGACAUGAGAAGGGUGUGUUGCACAAGCACCAGUGGGCGCUGCACAAGUACGGCCUGAUGAAGAGGCAGAUGAUGAGCACCGCACAUCGUGAGCCUGAGUCCGUGGAGCAGCUGGAGUCUCGAAUUGUGGAGCAGGAGAAUAUGAUCCAGACCAUGGAGCUCCGGAACUACUUUUCCCUGUACUGCCUGCACCAAGAGACACAGCUCGUCCAUGUCUAUCUGCCCCUCACCUCGCACAUCCUGGGCGCCUUCGUCAACUCCCAGAUCCAAGGACACAAGGAGAUGAGCAAGGUGUGGAAUGACCUGACGCCAAAGCUGAGCUGCCUCUUUCCUGGACCUCACAAUGUGCUAACGCCACCUCGCUCCCCACAGGAGGAUGGCAUGUGUCCCCACUAGUGUCGAGGCCCUCAGCAGAGCUCCUUGCGGCCUCACUAAAACAUCUUUGUAAAUGGUGUGGUCCCUGGCUGAUUCACUCCAGACACUGCUCCGAGCUGCCUGUGGUUGGGGCUGAAGCACAGGAGCCCAUGCCCAUUAGAGCCUGCUGGCUGUGCUGGUGGCCUUCUGUCUCCCCCGUCUUUCCAGGGAGGUCUGUGUCCUGUCACCCCUCGAGUCUGCCUUGUGGCCUGUUGGUAAGGUCUGUAGUGGGAAGUUAGAGUAAUCCAGGAUGGGUUGCUCCCAAUGCCUGUGGUGCUAAGGGCUGUUUGUACCCAGCAGGUGGUGUCUGGGGGAGUAUGGAAGGGGCCCUGCAUGCUGGGACAGCCCAGGUAGGGGAGUGGCAUGCUGGCUUGCCCUGUGGCCUGUCAGCAGUGCUGGGCAAGGAGCUGGCUGCCCAGGGUGGGAAGAUGAGCCAUGGACCAAAGCCCAUAGAUACUAUGGGAGAUACAGUAGGCAGGAUAGAAAGUGAGGCUGAUGAGGAAGAGAAUUGGGUGCACAGUGCUACUCAGAGAUCAAACGUUGCUAAGUGUUGCUCCAGUUACGAUCCAUGGAACCCUAAUGCGAGACUGACCUGUGGUAUCGGUGUUGCCGAGUUGCCCCCUCUUCAUACACUGGGAUCCUGUGUGCAAGACAUAGGUGCUCCAAGAUCUCCAGCAGUGGUGUGCAUAGAGGCUUCUCCUGUGUCUGAGGGUAGACACCGCUCUGUCACUUUCCUGGUUUGGAGAUAGCUGGUGUCACUCUAGGGCACUAAGUCUAGAGAUGGGACAGGGGACAAGUGCCAGCAGGGGACAGAUGGAGGCAUGGAGAAGUGUUUGCAUUUGACUGAACGUUCAGCGUUAGGCAUCUGUGUGUUGGGGUGCCUUGCCUUUUAGGCUGUUGCCUCCUUGGGUGAUGUCAUCCCUCCUUGCAGCCUUCUUCCCACCUGCCUGAGGAAACCAGUCGUCUUUUCUGGCUACCUCCUCCUCCAGGCUGAAGAGUGCUGUUCUUAGAGCUCUGUGGGGUCAGGCAGGCCUGGGUCCUUUCUUUGAGAUUGUCUGAGUGUCCUCUUUGGCCAGAGAGUUAGAUGAUCUGACAGACCUGCAGAGACACCUACUGGCCUCCCUCAGGAUGUGGGAGUCUGUGUUCUGCCAGGAGCUUUUGUGGGCCAUGUGGGAAGACACGGAGACUUGGCCCCUUCCUGCCAGAUGGAUUCCUGUGCCUCUCUUGCAGGCUGGGUGGAGUAUAUAUCUUUUCCUGUGACCUCCCUGUGGAAAACAGUUCUUAGUCACCAUGUGACCUGUGAUGCUCAAAGAAAUAUUUCCUAAACAGCAAGACAUACCUGAGCAUUCAAGGUGUUAGAAUUUUGCAGGGUGGGAAUGAGGAGGGGUGGAAAGGUAGAGCUGGGUGCCCAGGCCUUUGGAACAGGGUGUGGCUUGCUUCCCACUGGCUGUCAGGCAGCAGAGUUCUAUCUGGAUGUGAGCCCACCCUGAUGCUUUAGGAAGGUCUGGGGUGGAGCCUGGUAACAGCCUACCUUUUCACAGUCACUCCAUGACUCUGGGCUGCCAGUGCCUGACCCCAAGCUUGUAGAAGAUCACAUUUGCCCCCAUCUCCAGGGCCAGGCCCCAUGGUACAGGGAACCAACAAUUUACAAACUCUUCCGCCCUCAGUCCAACCCUGCAUGCCAUACCACAGCCAUGUUUGGCAGAAAGAUGGCCAAGUGCAAGUCUCAUGGGAGAUCUCUCCUGUUCUGUUCUCCUGGGCUGAGUGGGCCUCAGCUGCAGUCUUAACUGGACAAGGUGUUUCCUCCAGGCACAGCCUACUUGGUGCUAGCCAGCCCUGCUGAGUGGGCCAGACAGGGCCUGUGGGGCUCUGGGACAGUGCUGUGGGGACUCUGGGCAGAUGGAGUCAGGAUAUUGGUGCUGCGGGAGUCUGCCUGCUGAUGUAUGAAGCACUUUAUGGGCUGCGGGAAUCAGUUACUGCCACACCUAAUAAACUGUAAUUGUUUACAAAUGGCUUCAUAUUUUACGUUUGAUCUAUAAACCUCCAUGAACAAGGUUCAUCAUGUUUUGGAAACUGGAAUCCUAAGUUUCUGGGAUGGGCAGUUGUAUGCUUUCCAGGUGGUACCCAUGAGGGAGAGCUUCAUACCAACUCCUUCUGAAUUCAGACAUUCCCUCCUGGAAGGAGACUCAGAAGACUCAGGAAGUAAGCAAGAUGUAGAAGUCUCAGAAAUCUGAAACAAGAUUCAUAAGGCCCCUCCCUAAGGUUAUACAAGGUGCAAAAAGUGCUGGGAAGAGGAGACCCCUAUGGAGCUGCCUGUGAGUUGUGCGGAGCUCCAGGGAUGCAGUUUUCGUGAGCUCUCACCCAUGCUGGGGUGAGCUUUUCCAAGGUGUAGCUGCCUUUGAGUUGUCAUCUCACCCACACUCCUGUAAGUAAUCCCAAUAAACUCAUCAGUUUACCAAGUUGGAGUUUG